GUAUCUAUGAUGAGCUUAUUCAGAAGUCAUAAUUUUAGAAGUGGGUGGAAAAUGGUUUCAUUUUAUACAGUUGGUUGUAUGUCUGGUUCAUCUCUGGAUGGAAUAGACUUGUGUUAUGCUGAAUUUACAGGGGCUAUAGUAACUGAUAAAUGGCAAUACCGGAUACUGAAAGCUAUUACUGUCUCAUAUGAUAGUGAUUGGAAAUCAAAACUACGAUCAGCGAAGGAACUUAUGGGUGAAGAUUUGAUAAAACUACAUUUAGAGUAUGGACAUUUUAUUGGUAAGACUGUAAAAGACUUUGUUGAACAGGAAGGUAUAAAAAAUCUCGACUGUGUUGCAUCACACGGACACACAAUUUUCCAUCAACCUAACCUUGGAUACACGUUCCAGCUUGGAGACGGAGAAACGUCAGCCUAUUACCUUAAACAACCUUUUGUUUGCAACUUCCGGAACAAAGAUGUAGCUCUCGGGGGACAAGGUGCACCUCUGGUUCCGAAUGGAGAAAAAUUCUUGUUUAACGACAACGAAAUAUGCAUUAAUCUUGGUGGGAUAGCUAAUAUCGGUGUGAAAGAUUUACAAGGAUAUGAUAUUUGUCCGUGUAACUAUGUGUCUAACAAACUGGCAGCUAUUCAUGAUCCGAAAUUAGAAUACGACCCAAACGGCGAAAUAUCCGAGACAGGAAUUGUAAUUAAAGAGAUACUUGAUAAAUUAGAUGCAUUGCAUUUUUAUGAACAACCUCCUCCAAAAUCUCUAGAUGGUGAAUGGAUUGAAGCUGAAGUAUUACCCAUCCUAGACAUAUCACAGAAUAGUAUUCCAGAUCUUCUGAUGUCUUACACAGAGCAUGUUACCAACAGAUUAACUGAAGCAUGCAAACUCGCACGUGAUUCACUUCAUGCGGAAAAUAAACUCAUACCUGAAACCGUCUUAAAGGUUCUGGUAACAGGCGGUGGUGCUUUUAAUAAACACCUAAUAAGAUUGCUUGAAGGUAAACUGCAAGAUCAGGGAUUUAUACUAGAACAGGUCGACGAAGUAACUAUUGCCUUCAAAGAAGCUUUAAUAUUUGCGUUCCUUGGUUUACGUUGUCUGUUGAAUCAAACAAAUGUUUUCCAUUCUGUGACUGGAAGUAAAGCAGAUUCCGUUUCUGGAAGCAUCCAUCGACCAGCACACUAUGUCAACAGUGAUUCUAGGAUUAUCCGAUAUCUUUUGGAGAAAAACAAAGACAGACAAACUUCGUGUACAUAAAAACAUAUUUUUCAGUAUAUUUUGUUUUGUUGUUGUAAAUUUCUAAUUGAAGCACCGAUUUUAAAAGAUUUCAACAACUAAACAUUAUUUGUGCUUACUAUAAAAAAAAAAGCUUCAGAAGUCAAUAAGCCACUUUCACAUUAAAAACUGUCAAGCCAAUUUGAUUUUGUAAUACUAUAUGUAUGAAGUAUGACCCGAAUGUGUAACAGUAGUUUGAAAAUCCCUCAUCAUUACACAGAAUACAAUGGUAAUACUUGUUUGAAACACAACAUAGGAAACUAGACUUAACGGGUACUUUGUGCAGAUUGGGGUGUUGGUAAAUAUAUAGAUACUGUAUUGGUAUGAGACAACUUUGUGUCGAUGAAAUACGUUAUAUAUGCACAUUGAACUUAUAUUAUGAGAAAUUAUUAGAGAAUUGAACUGGUUAGAGAAAUUAUUAGAGAACUGAUCUUGUCCGACCUAAGCAAGCCAUUCUUUCUAUCUCCAUAUACAUAAGCGCAAACUAUAUGGCUUCUUGUAAAAAGGGUAAAUUGAAGUCUUGAUUGCUCUAUUUCUACUUUCAAACGUUGGCCACGAUGUUCCUACAACCCCUAGGAUUUAAAACAGAAUCUUCACAAUUUCG